GCAGGCAGAGGGGAAGGAGGACCCAAAAAAAAAAAAAACCUUGAUUGUGGGUGCGCUCUGAAAUUUGUUGGGUUUACAUAGAAGAAUCACAUGGGGCUAAAUUAGGUUUGGUCCUAACGGCCGAAAAAUAUCGACUUUAAAAAAUACGAAGUCCCAAUGCAACGGUAACUUUCCCAUUCUGUCUUCUUCUUGCUUCUUUGAUUAAAGACCCCAACAAAACCAAACUUCCCCAUCACAAAAGUUCAUAGCUUUAUUCCACAAUGGCACUGGAAGGAGAUUCACUACUCACUUCACUAAAACUACAACAGGAAGAACAGAGAGAGAGGCUUAUUAUAGUGAGCGGUCCUUGCAAGGUGGUUGAGUAUUUGCAGCCAGUAAUGUCAAAAGAGCUUCUCUGCAAGUUCCCAGACAACUCUGCCUUCGAUUUCGACUACACGCAGAGCUCGAUAUGGUCUCCGCUGGUCCCGCGGGCUUACGCUCCGAUGGAUUUGGACUUCGAUUUCGAUUUCAUGACCCCGAGAAAGCUCACAUUUGAUCAAGUGGAGUUGGAGUCUAACAAUCAAAGUAGCAGCAUCAAGAAAGUGGGUUCUAGUGGUAAGAAGAAGAUGUGCACUGCUGGGUUUAAUCUUAACUUGAGUGCAUUGAAGAAGAAGAAGUGGAGAAGCAAGAAGAACAAGAUGGCAUUGGUACCUGAUUUCUCUCCAACUCCUGUUAAGGGUAAUUGUUACCCCAUUGCCUCAAAGGUAUGGAAUAAGGUGCUGAAAGCUGCCUCCAAGCACUUCAAGAAGAAGAAGAGAGAUCCAAUGGCUCAUGUGAGGCUCUCCAAUUACAUCAAAGAGGGAAAUAUCUGAAGCCUCUUCCACUUCCUCAUUUGUAAUUCUUUAUUGUUCCAUUACUUCAUUUAUUUAAUUAUUCAUCUCCGUAACCAGCAUUCUUAUAACAA